UCAAACAUAAACAUGCAACAUGUGACUGUCAGGUUUCACCUCCUCCUCCUCUUCCUCCUUCAUCCUGUGACCUCAGUUGACCUGGAGGAGGUGGAUGAGGUGUCGGUGGAGGUUGUUGUUGACAGCUCCCCCUGCAGCGCCACCUGUGGGCUGGGUGUUAAAACUCAAACCCUGUGUUUGUUAAAGGAUGGCAAGUCAGCCAUGGAUGAAGAUGUGAGAAGUAAAGAUGGAUCAGAGGUGUCAGAGGAGUGUCGUGUCCGUAAGAUGAGCUGUCGGGAGUCGUGGCAGUGUGGACUCAGGACCAUGACUUUGACUUCAGGAGAUAGACUGGAGAUCGACUGUCUGGGAGAAGUGAUGCAGGCGAUGGGGAGGUUCUCCUGGAGGGUGUCAUGGCGUUAUGCCCGAGGAAUAAUCAGCUCUGACGACACUCUGUUUUCUCGCUGGGAUGCUCCACUGCUGGAGCGAGUGAUUCUGGACCCUGUCAAGGAGGAGGACGCAGGUACUUAUCGCUGUCUCGUGCAAGAUGCCAGCUUCCGCAGGGUGAAGAGGGUUUACUGGGGGAUCCGGGUUUUGCCUAUUUCUGUAAUCAAUCUGGACUACGAGAGCUCUCUGGCCCAGUGGGACUCUGGAAACCAGCAGAACCAGACCGAGUCAGACCAGCCUGACCAGAGGACGCCUCUGAUUUACACGAUGCUGAUCAGUUUGAGCCUGGCAGGCGUUGGUGCUGGAUUGAUGCUGCUGGGCCUGUACUGGACACUGAGGAGGAGAGAGCUCAUAGGUUAA